CUAAAGAUAAGCCCGAAAAUGGCGCUCUGUUCUUCCCUCCCCGUUCUUUCUUUCAAUCCACUCCCCAAAAUCAUCUUCAAAUCUUCUGGAAUUAGCGCUACAGCGUUCUCGAAUCGGAGUAUUCCUGGAAUCAAUGGAAUCUCCGCCGCCAAGUUGCUCGGGAAAUCGGCGAGGGGAAGCCGCUUACGGCGUCUCAAUGCGGCUGGAUUGUCCGAGAUUGAACCCGACUUAAACGAAGAUCCAGUAGAUCGUUGGGAGACUAACAGUGUCAGCGCUGAAGAUUUUGAGUAUGGAGUGUACGAUGGGCAUCACACUUACUUUGAGGGCGAGAAAAAAGGAACAUUCUGGGGAGCCAUUGCAGAUGAUAUUGCUGCAGUUGGACCUCCAACAGGCUUUCAGGGCUUCAUCUCGUGGCUCUUCUUACCAGUAGUUGCUGCUGCAAUGUACUUCAAUGUUCCGGGGGAGUAUAUAUACAUUGGAGCAGCUGUGUUUACAAUAGUAUUCUGCAUAAUUGAAAUGGACAAGCCAGACCAACCACACAACUUUGAACCUCAAAUAUAUAACAUGGAGCGCGGGGCUCGUGACAAGUUGAUAUCAGAUUACAACACCAUGGACAUCUGGGAAUUCAAUGAGAAGUAUGGAGACUUGUGGGAUUUCACUGUGAAGAAUGAUGAUAUAACAAAGAGAUGAUUGCCGACUGCUCCUCAGUAAUGUGAUGUAAGUGAGAACUCCUUGUCCAAAUUUUUAUGAAAAGAUAUAUAUAGUGGAUGUAAAUUGUAAUUAUGACAUGAACUUAUUAUGAACCGUAUAGCAAGAAAAUUUCUCUUGUUCUGUGCAGCUCUGAAUGAAUGAUGUUUUCAUUUGAAGUAUUGAAGUAAAUCUCUAUGGAGAUAAAG